GUAGUGUUCAGGAUGCCAUUGUUAGCUGGCUUAUGAUAACAUCUGACUCUUCUAUCAUUUAGGUUUAUGUGUUGUAUACAAUUGUUGGUGACCUGAUGCCAACAAAUAUUUUUCCGGGCAAUAUGUGAAGCUGUGUUCUUAUAUUACGCAGCGGUGAGUCUAUUUAUGCCUCAUUUAUACUGGAAAACGCAUUUUUUGUCAUUUUGAAGUCUUAAUACGAUCGAAGAAUCUCAUGUGCGCAUAACUCUGUGUUCUGUGCCUAGUACAACUGAUCACAAUAGGAUGACAUCAAUUCUGUCCCGUGUAUACUCUACCGUAGCUAACAGUCGUAAUCGUUAUUUAGUACAAUGUAAGAAGCAUUUAAACGAAAUCUUGAAAUCUGGUGUACUUGGUGCUGAAGCAGCUACCCUGGAUGUAGUUGAGCUUAUACCUGGAGAUAAAUAUGCAAGAAUUGAUGUCAAUUGUGUAUUACCAGUGUGUAAUAAUUUCACGACAACAUCAACAAAGCAAACGUCUGCCACAUUGGCUUUUCGUAUUCAACAGUAUAUGAACAGUGGAGAUAGUGAAUUAAGAUCAUAUCUACAGAAAAAUUAUCCUAAAAUGAAAAUUCCUAUUUUCCAGUUUUGUGUUACUCAACAGACGUAUAAGGUAGACGUAUCCACCAAUCACCAGAAUGGCAUACAAUCGUCGACUGAUUCAUGUGGUCUUUCAACUUCACUGAAACCUAAUAAUAUCUAUGGUUUAGAACGGGAUAAACUCUUAAAAACAAUUAAUUCAAGAUUAAAAGUUUUACGAAAGAAAUCACAUCCAUCAGAAGCAAGAAAUUUGGUAUCUGAAGAUUUUGGUGAUGGGGAUGACAAUGAACUGGAUAGAAAAAGUAUCUCACUUGAUCAUAAUGGUCAACGUGAUGAAAAUUCUACAAUUGCAUGGGCUAAAUUUUGGAAAGAAAGACAAGAUUGGCGAUCAAUAGCUAGACAAGAAAGACGGCGGGUUAAUCAAAGUAUUGGUUUAGAUUAUCUAACACAUAUGAACACAAUAAAAAAAAAAUAAAUGAAUAAAAAGGAAAGAACAGAAAGGUUAUUAUUGUUAGUUUGUACAUAGUAAAUAAUUAAUUGUACAAUAAAAUCAUUCAGCCUUAUUUUACAAUGAUGUUAGUUUUCAAAUAGUUGGUUUCUUUUGCAGGGAUUAGAUUGAUUUCAGGUGUGUUUGAUCACGAAAUGACUUCAGUUAGAGAAGCAUUGGAAGCCAUCAGGGAG